AUGGCGAUGGCGAUGGCGAAACAGGAAGCAGAGCCUGAACUCCGCUGUGUCUACGCCUUCCGUCUAUUUCACCUCCCCCUCCCGCCUUUCUUCAAUUGGCAGCGGCGGGAAAUCGAGAUUCGUUCCAGAGCCUUCCCCGGAUUUUCUAUCUCGGAUACGCCGCUUCCGCAGAGAUUCCAAUCGCUCUAUCGACGGCCAGCUUUUCAGACGACUUUCGGAGACCCAAUCGCCAUUGUUUCACCUUUCGAGCAAAGCGCAAUGGAGAUCCUCUUCACUACUCCGAAGUCCGAUCCCCGGGAGUUCUGCGUGAGGAAAACGACAUCUUCUUCUAACGUAAAACGACUCGAUGUGCCUGCUUUCGGAGAUUCUCAGUCCUCGUAA